GUUUUCGCAGACACAGUGGGAGCACGUUCUCAGUGUCUGUGCACAGUCCAAGGCGCAGGAAGGAUUCUUCACUCUUUGGCGACAUCUCACUCCUUCAGAGAGCUGGACUUUUUUUCAAGCUUCGCAAAAAAAAAAAAAAAAAAAAAAAAAAAAUUUGAAGUUUUUCUUUUUCUGUUUUGUUUAGAACAUCUAACGGUUACAAAAAAUAUAUAUAUAUAUAUAUUUAAACAACAAUAAUGGGAGCCCACAUGUCCAAGGGAGAUGUAGCUGUUGAGGGGAACGUCGCCGCCGACCCUGCCGCCGCCAAAGCCAACGGCCAGGAAAACGGCCAUGUCAAGACCAAUGGCGACGUGUCUGCCAAGCCUGACGGGGAUGUGGCCGCCGCAGACGGCAAUGGCACAGCCGAACCGGCUAAGGAGGGAGAGGCCUGCGCCGGGGAUGCCAUUGAGCCCGCUCCCGCGGCAGACGGUGAGGCCGCCAAGGCGGAGGGUGAGGCCCCCAAGGACGGGAAGAAGAAAAAGAAGUUCUCCCUGAAGAACUCCUUCAAGUUCAAAGGCAUCUCACUGAAGAAGAGCAAGAAGGGCAGCGAGGAGGCCAAGGAGGAGGCCGCCUCCCCCGCAGGCGAGGAGAAGCCCGAGGAGAACGGCCACGCGGCCAAGGAAGCCAAAGACGAGACGCCGGCCGCCGAAGCCGAAGCCGAGGGCGAGGCCGCCGCUCCGGAGGGAGCGACCGAGGACGCCGAGGAGGCCGCUCCGGCCACGGAGGCCGAGGAGGCCGUCCCCGCCGCCGCCCCCGCCGAGGAAACGACACCUGCGGCCCCCCAGGGUGACGCCAGCGCGGAGUGAUCGUGCCCCAGCCGCUGAACUAAUUUUCCAAGAUUAUAGUAUAUAAAUAUAUAUGAGAGACUCAUGCCACGUUCUUAAAGUUAUACAAAAGAAGACAAACGGAUAUAUCACAUUUGCUGAUUCAACCACCAGUUUACUUUUUUUUUUUUAUCAGUUCUUUGACAGACGGAAUCUCACCGGGCCCUCAAAUUGAUGAAAGUGUCUCCCCCUUAUGGUACACACACAGACUGGCAUGUGGAGAAGGUCAUGACCUGGAGGCGGAGCGUAUCAGGAAUACAGUACUGACUUUCCCCCCGCCCCAAUUCACGGAGCGUGGCAGCCCUAUAACAUUUGAUCUUUUUUUGUCUCGUUUUGGGAUCUAACGAUUGCCGUCGCUGCAGAGCGGGGCAUACCAUCUCCUUCACUCGAAAUGACUGUUAAAGGAUGCGUAAAAACCUUUCAAAUGAUUUUAUUAAUUUUUAGAACUCUACAUUCCUAUGUUUUACCCACAAAUUUCAAGUAUUUUCUCAUGUAUAGGAAAAAGAAAACACUGAGGGGAGGUGGGAGAAGGUCAAUGUUUUUGUGUCUUUGGAUUUUUUUUUCCAGGCUAAAAUCCCCAUUCAAGUAUUGCAGUGUCCACAUUUCAGAGUUUAUGAUGCAGGGGUUGGGAUUGUGUACAAAAUGUGAGCUUUUUAUCUGCAAAACUUUCUCUGUAAAUAUGUUUUGGUUCUCUUUAUUUUGCUAUCGUUUGAAGAUGUUAAUGGUUUUAUUGUAACUUUUAAUAAGGGUAAAAUAAAUGUUUGAUUCCCCUCUG